AUGGGCCACUGUAAGUUUCCACUUAAAACUACAGAAACAUUUCGUUUAACACCUGUGACAGAGAAGUUUGUUUAUCUUCAGUUGAAACCAAAUAAAGCAAUUGGCCUGGACAAAAUCAGAUCGAGAUUACUUAAGGAUGGUGCAGAAGUUAUCGCCCCUAUCCUCACAAAAAUAAUGAAUUGUUCAUUCAAUUCAAAAUAUUUCCCUCAGUCUUGGAAAUCUUCUAAGGUUAUGACAUUGUUUAAAAAAGGUAGUACGGACGAUUGCAACAAUUAUAGACCCAUAUCAAUAUUGCCCACCAUCAGCAAAAUUACCAAACAUGCAGCGUAA